GCUGAGGUGGAGGAAACGCUGAAGCGAAUUCAGAGCCAAAAAGGAGUGCAAGGAAUCAUUGUUGUUAAUUCUGAAGGUAUUCCUAUCAAAAGUACUAUGGACAACUCCACAACGAUUCAGUAUGCGGGCCUCAUGCACAGCUUCAUCAUGAAGGCACGGAGCACUGUGCGAGACAUUGAUCCCCAGAAUGACCUCACGUUCCUGCGGAUCCGCUCCAAGAAAAACGAAAUCAUGGUUGCACCAGAUAAAGACUACUUCCUGAUUGUCAUCCAGAAUCCAACUGAAUGAUUACACUGACUUGGUCUGGUUUUUUCCCUUUGCCCAACUGUUUUUUUUAAUUUAAUGGUAAAGAAUAGAGCAUUAGUGUUAACUCUGCUUGCCACUUCAGUAAUGUCUGGAAAAACAAAAGCAGGUGGUUUUGUUGUUUACAAACAGAAAAAGUGGCUUUUUUUUUUUGUAUCACAAGUCGUUUUGAGGAGGAGUUGGUGAAUUAGAAUCAGGUAGUAAAAAAUGCAACAGAUUCUUUUAAUAGUUAAGAAGAUAAUAUAAUAAAAUUCUAAUAAUGUUCUAAAAAAGAUUA